ACAAAAUCUUCAGCUUCACGAAAGUACGAAGGAAAUACUGGUCUCAAACCAGGAUUUUGUUGAUAAACACCCACCAAAUUAGAAAUAAAACAACAUUAAAAACCCUGAUUAACUUAGACUCUAAUUUAAUCUCACUAUCUGACUUUUCGUACACUCUGACGGACAACGAUAAAUUAACUGUCUUCAAUUUUUUUUUUUUUAAUAUUCUUUUCAGAAAUCCACCGACAUUCCUGAAGCUAUUUGAAUAUUUGAUUGAUUUUAUUAGUUCACAGAUCACUUUCUGAGCAACCAAGUAGUUGGAUACAACCCACCGUUUUAUUGUUACAUCAUUUCUCUUCAAUCUUGACCCUUCAAAGUUGAACCAUUUCUAUGUUCAACCAGCUCCUGAGCUUAACCUGCAAGCUUCUCCAUCUUAUGAGCUUGUUUUUGUGCAAAACCCACUUGGAAAUUUGUAAGAUUUCUCAUUACUUUUAGUACCUAAAAAGUGUAGUGGCAUUUGCUUGAAGAAAUGGUUUGUUAAAGAUUCUGUCUUUGGUAUAUGUUGAUGUGCAGUUUGGGUGGAAAUGAAGGAGAUGGUUGGUCAUUUUAGAUCUAUUUACGCAAAGGUGUUCGUUUUCUACAACAAAAUAAUAAAGGGUCACUGUAAAUUUUGGAUUUUUCAAUCAUUUAAUGGACUUGCUACUGGUUCAUUGAUAUCCUUCCUUUUGGCCAUGAUAUGUGCAUAUUUAUAUUUGUUUCCCCUAUUUCAACCGGUCAUUAAAGAGUAUGAGAUUCCUAAGGCAAGUAGUUCAGUUGGUAAAUGCAAUGUUUUUGAAGGGAGGUGGAUCCAAGACGAAAGUUACCCUUUGUACAAUUCCUCCCUUUGUCCCUUUGCGGAACGGGGAUUUAAUUGUUUGGCUAAUGGGCGAAAAGAUAUUGGUUAUACAAAAUGGAGGUGGAAGCCGAAGAAUUGUGAUAUUCUGAGGUUUAAUGUGCAAGAAAUGCUUCAAAAGCUUCGUGGGAAACGAGUAGUUUUUGUUGGUGAUUCACUAAGCAGAACGCAGUGGGAGUCAAUGAUAUGCAUGCUCAUGACAGGGGUGGAGGAUAAGAAGAGUGUUUAUGAAAUUAAUGGACAUAAAAUCACGAAACAGAUUAGGUUUUUAGGUGUUCGAUUUAGUUCGUAUAAUAUUAGUGUUGAUUUCUAUCGUUCAGUUUUUCUGGUUCAGCCUGGGCCAGUGCCAAAGCGUGCCCCAAAGAGGGUUAAGUCAACACUUAAACUUGACAAGUUGGAUGAUAUUAGCAAAGAGUGGAUUGAUGCUGAUGUUUUGAUAUUUAAUUCAGGGCACUGGUGGACACGGACUAAGCUUUUUGAAAUGGGCUGCUACUUUCAGGUCAAUGGAUCGCUUAAACUUGGAAUGCCAACCAAUACUGCCUUCAGAGCAGCAUUAGACACUUGGGCAUCUUGGGUUGAGACUAUGGUCAACACAAAUAGAACAAGCAUAUUCUUUCGGACAUUUGAAUCAUCCCAUUGGAGUGGUCGGAAUCGUAAUUCUUGCAAAGUGACUCGACGGCCUUCAUCAGGAACUAAAGGGAGGGAUCGCGGUCCAAUUUCAGACAUCAUAAUCAACGUGGUGAAGAAAAUGGCAGCCCCUGUGACAGUUUUGCAUGUUACACCAAUGGGGGCAUUCCGCAGUGAUGCUCAUGUGGGUACUUGGAGUGACAAUCCAUUGGUUCCAGAUUGUAGCCAUUGGUGUCUGCCAGGAGUCCCUGAUACCUGGAAUGAAGUACUCUUCUUCCAUCUUUGGUCGACUAAUGGGACAUCUCUUCAAUGAUACCAAGCUCAGUAUUUCUUCUCCUCCAGCAUCCAGCAUGCCAAAUUCGUCCGAAUUCCUUUCCAGUUUGAUGAUUUUCUACUCUUUGCAUAUCUGAAAAAUAAACAAAUGUAUCACUAAGGUUAGAAAAUUUCUCCAUUUGUUUGUUUGUUUGUUUGU